AUGAGAGGUUAGAACGUUACACGCCUUUCUCUAGUGUACAAGAUAAUGUAAAACAGCAAAAUGGGCAAGGCAAAGAAAAUAAAAAUUUCUAAAGGUGAAACAAAACAACCGAAAACCGCUUUGGCAGAUCAAAUAGAAGAAGAGAAAAUUGUAAAAUCAAAAAAUAGACAAAAAGUUAGAAUUCGCAAUGAAGAUGAUGAUAAGUUCGUGGAGCCUAGUCUUACAAAACGUAUUCUAUCUCAAGCCAGACAACAACAAAUGGAAAUUGAGGAGGAAAUUGGAAUCAGACAAGCAUCAAAGUCUAUAAAGAAGCCAGUAGUAAAACUUGGCAGUAGUGCUGAAUUUAGUGAUAUUGAAGAAGAACAAUUAAGUGAAGAUGAACUUGAUACUUCUCAAUAUUAUGAAAAUAUUGAAAUAAAUGAAGAAGAUGAGCGUGCUAUACAAAUGUUUAUGUCUAAAGACACCACACCUAUGAAAACAUUAGCUGAUAUAAUAUUAGAGAAAUUAACAGAAAAGAAAACAGAAAUUGAAAGUCAGUUCUCAGAUGCAGGUUCCAUUCAAAUGCAAACAUUAGAUCCAAGAGUUAAAGCAAUGUAUGAAGGUGUUAGAGAUGUAUUAACAAAAUAUCGUAGUGGAAAAUUGCCUAAAGCAUUUAAAAUUGUUCCCAGUUUAAGAAAUUGGGAACAAAUAUUAUAUAUUACAGAACCACCAAAGUGGUCAGCUGCAGCAAUGUAUCAAGCUACUAGAAUAUUUGCUUCCAAUUUUAAAGAAAAAAUGGCACAAAGAUUUUAUAAUUUAGUAUUAUUGCCACGUAUAAGAGAUGAUUUAGUAGAAUAUAAAAGACUAAAUUUUCAUUUGUAUCAAGCAUUACGAAAAGCAUUAUUUAAGCCUGGUGGCUUUAUGAAAGGAAUUUUACUUCCACUUUUAGAAUCUGGAACAUGUACAUUAAGAGAAGCUGUUAUUAUUGGAUCUAUAGUUGCUAAAAAUUCAAUACCAAUUUUACAUUCUUCAGCAACAAUAUUGAAAAUUGCAGAAAUGGAUUAUACUGGAGCUAAUAGUAUUUUUCUUAGGAUAUUUUUAGAUAAAAAAUAUGCUCUUCCAUAUAGGGUUAUUGAUGCAGUGGUAUUUCAUUUUCUUAGAUUUGAGAGAGAUCCUAGAGAGCUGCCAGUUUUAUGGCAUCAAGCAUUAUUAACUUUUGUACAACGCUAUAAGGGUGAUAUUAGUUCUGAACAAAAAGAAGCUUUAUUAGGAUUAUUAAGAAAACAAUAUCAUCAUACAAUUACAGCAGAAAUACGAAGAGAAUUACAACAUGCAAAGUGCAGAGACAUAGAAGUUACGGAACCUAAAUUAGAACCAAUGGUUUAUUAA